AACAUACAUCAUUUCAGGAGCUGACCCAAAAUCAGUUGUUUGUGCUUUCUUUAAGCAGGGACAAUGUGGCAAAGGUGAUAAGUGUAAAUUUUCCCAUGACUUGGCAGUUGAAAGAAAAGCUGAAAAGAGGUCCAUGUAUGUUGACAUGCGAGAUGAUGGAGAUGGAGAUACUAUGGAAAAUUGGGAUGAAGCUAAACUUAAAGAGGUUAUCGAAAAGAAACAAGGGAAAUCGGCAGUGAUGCCUACAACAGACAUAAUCUGCAAGCACUUCUUAGAAGCUGUUGAAAAAUCUAAAUAUGGAUGGUUUUGGCAAUGUCCUGCUGGCGAAAACUGCAUAUAUCGCCACGCCUUACCACCAGGUUUUGUUCUCAAAAAAGAUAAAAAAAAACUUGAAGACAAGGAAAAUGAAAUCACCUUGGAUGAUCUAAUUGAGAAAGAAAGAGCAGCUCUAGGUCCUAAGCAAACUAAAGUUACCCUAGAAACGUUUUUGGCAUGGAAAAAGAGAAAGAUUCAGGAGAAAAAAGAUCAGGCCAAAAAAGAUGAAGAUAAGAAACGUACAGAUUACAAAGCUGGAAGACAAGUUGGAUUGUCCGGAAGGGAAAUGUUUAGUUUUAACCCAGAACUGGCGAAUGAUAAUGAUAUGGAGGAAGGAGAUGAGCUCUUUGACUCAACAACAUAUGCCCCAGAAGAAGAUUCUAAUGUUUACAAAGAGAUCAAUUUGGACAUAUUAGAGCAGGAUAUACAAGAGGUUAGUGCUGGACAUUAUUGUUGAGAUAUAAUUCAGUUG